AUGUUCAACCAGCAGCCUCCGUCUCCUCCACCAUCGAAUGACGGUGAUGUUAAGCUGAGUCCGCAGGCACUAUCACAGACCAGCUUUCAGCAACACCAACAGCAACUACAGCAACAAUAUCAUCAGACAUAUUCUCACAAUCAGCCACAGCAACUGCAGCAGUUUGGGUAUAUCUCCACAAGGGAACCAUACUCCUAUAACUGUUUAGAAGUUAGGACCCCAACUAUGAGCGGCCCAAUGCAGAACGGAUAUGAAUCCAAUACUAUGUAUCACAGCAUGGCCAGAGGUGAACAUGAAACGUCGCUCCCAGCCCUGACAUACCACCGCGCUGGAGAGAUGCCAGUGCCAGCCACCGUUAGUGCUGGAGAAACAGUAGAGGAUCUCAAAGAGGAGCUGGCUGUAGCCAAGUCAAAUACCGACGAGAGGGUCCGCAUAAUAAGACCAGCGAAACUCAGACGGCGACCAAAGCCGGCGAAGACUGACAAGGGGGACGGGCCAACCAUAGAUGCUCCGCUCAGUGAGCUGACGAAGAACAUGGCACACAUCCCCAUUCGCGAUAUGGGCGCAUGGGUCAACCGUCCAAAGGAGGCACGUUUGGAGGAAGUGAGGGUGAAGAACGGUAAAAUCGCACGGCCUAUGAACUCCUUCAUGUUAUACCGGUCAGCCUAUGCGGAGCGGACAAAGGAAUGGUGUGCGCAAAACAAUCAUCAAGUCGUUUCACGAGCCUCUGGCCAGAGCUGGCCACUUGAGCCUCGGGAGAUUCGAGACCUGUAUGAACAAUAUGCAACCAUAGAGCGAGACAACCACCAUAAAGCCCACCCAGACUACAAAUUCGCACCAAACAAGAACCAAGGCACACCGAAGAGCCAGAAUGGAGGCAAAGCCCCGGGCUCUGCGUCUAAGAGGAAGCGUUCCCACGAGGAAGAGCUCAGCGACCUCGAAGACCAGCCCCUUGAUAUCACAUCUUACCCCCGUAUACCAAACAGGCGACGAACUCUGGGCCUCAACGGCGACGCUAGUAAUAGCAGAAACUCCACUCCAUGCGACAACGACAGCACUUAUGACAGCCGCAACUGCACUCCCAUCCCACAUUCACAGUUCGACAUGUACGCAGGCGGGGAUGCCAACCGCUCGUCCUGGGAGAUGAUUAACCCCGGCAGACCUCAUCCUGGUAUUAUAUCUCAGCCUGAGCAGCCCCAUUAUUACCAGCCAUCGAUCCAUCAGAGUCUCCUUGGAUCGAACAUCGAAGAUGUGACAUACAAGAAGAUCGGUAUGCCAGGCGGAGUGACCUAUGACAAUACCCCCCAAAUGGCCAAUAUUCCCGGAACCAUCCAUCAGGAUAUUCUUCAGUCACAGCCACUACCACAGAACCGAAUGUCUGUCUCCAUGGGAGAAGUCCAGGUUGAUCCCCAGCUACUGGACUUUGAACCCACAAGCACUUCCCUCCCAAUAGAUACCGGCAACGCCUUUGGGAACCAGAAUGACUUUUGGCAAUUCAACCCCCCUAAUAACCAAAACUAUGUUCACGGGUAUAUGUCGGCUCCCGAAAGCGAACAAUACAACCAGGCAUCACUCCCGCCUUCAUCGAUGGCCACUGGCAUAGCGGCUGACCGUGUUAUAUGGGCAAACACUCAUACCGUGCCAGGCGAAGAGUUUACCGAAUGGUUCAGCGGAUCGACUGUAAACUAA